ACCGAGAUGAGUGACAAGCAGUGUGCACCCAAGGCACUGCUCAGACAGGCGGUGUGUGUGGGGUGCUGUGUGUGCGCAUGCAUGUGGCAGGGGGCGGGGGGGCCUCCUGCUGCACUGUCCGCUGGAGAUGGGGGGCGAGUUUCUUGGUGACGCGCGGCCCUCACGUGACCCGGAGCUGCAGAGCGACGCAGCCCAGGGUGCAGUCGUCACUCGCGUCUGGCUACCAGCUCCCCGCUGCCCUGCGCACGGCGGGCUGGCAACGGGCCCGGGGAAAGCGGAGCAGAAAAACAACCAGAAAAAAAUCUCAUCAUGGCAAAUAUCCAUCAGGAAAACGAAGAAAUGGAGCAGCCCGUGCAGAAUGGAGAGGAAGACCGCCCUUUGGGAGGAGGUGAAGGCCACCAGCCUGCAGGAAAUAAUAGACGGGCACAGGCCCGCCGACUUGCCCCUAAUUUUCGAUGGGCCAUACCCAAUAGGCAGAUCAAUGAUGGGAUGGGUGGAGAUGGAGACGAUAUGGAAAUGUUCAUGGAGGAGAUGAGAGAAAUCAGGAGAAAACUUAGGGAGCUGCAAUUGAGAAAUUGUCUGCGUAUUCUUAUGGGGGAGCUCUCUAAUCACCAUGACCAUCAUGAUGAAUUUUGCCUUAUGCCUUGACUUCUGCCAUUUUCCAUGAGAUUAAUACUGUGAUUCCCACUGUUUUCCUUUUCCUUGCAUUUUCCUGAUAUGCCUUUACUGAUCUGUUUGCUGUGAACCUUAUGUUAUUUCCAUGUCUCAAGUGGGUCUUGCGUUGCCAGCUUCUGACUGAAGAUUGCCUUUGCACCCAGCCUAAGUUUCUGUCAACAGUAGAGUUUUACCCAUUUGCAUGGAAAAAUGUAAAGUUAAUAAAGCAGUUAAAAUCAAUCUAAAUAUUUAUUGUCUCAUUAAAAUAUAUGCACACACAUAUAAAUAUAUUAACUAAAAA